GUUAAAUAAAUUCCCUAGUGGACUAUAAUUUGUGGAUUUUGAACGGUUACUUUUGCUGAGAACCCAUAAUGGAACAAGAAAAGCUUACACAACUACCCGUUAGCAGGAUACGGACGGUGAUGAAAACUUCCCCGAGUAUUGGACAAAUUAACCCGGAUGCUUUAUUUCUAAUGUGCCGUGCAGCGGAAUUGUUCAUAGAACACAUUACUAAGAAAGCACACAAAAAAGAAAUCAGGAAUCUAGAAUACAAACAUUUGGCAGCGUAUGUAGAAUCGGAGGAAGCGCUUGAGUUUCUGAUACAGAUCCUGCCCAAGAAAAUCACCGUUAAGCAGUACAAAAAGAUCAUGGAGGAUAAGAAGGACACCGACGAUGAAGAUGAUAGUAGCGACAGUGAAGAAAGUAGUGACGAAGAAGAAGAUAGCGGCGACGACGACGACGAGUCCGGGUCUUCCUCGUCGAACGAAAGUGGUAGCGUGAUAUCAAUUAAUUCGUCUAGCUCGGAAGAAAAGGAAAAUUCCCAAAAAAUGGGCAACAAAAAGUCCAUUCCGAAACACAAGACAGGCGACUCGCCGUAGUGUUCUUUUCUGUGCAUGUUUCUCAUCGUAUUUAUGUAUUAAAUUUACAUUUUAACU